AAGACAAGUAACAACACACGUCACUUACGACAAAUUUGGGCGACAUCAAACCUUCAUAAUACACUCUCUUUUUCUACUCUCUCUAAAAAAAAGUUGUCUCUCUCUGCCUAACCUCACAAAACGUGUUAAAUCUGUAAACACUCAAUACAUGCGGACUACUCAAAUAAUAGUGGAUAGUCUCCACUGGGUGGCGCCAUUAAAUAGCCGACGAUGCUCAAUUACGACCGUGAGGCCGAAUGAGGUCUAACAUCACUGUAUUUGUAUUGUUUCAUUCAAGUUACUAACUUGAGCAUCGCAAGAGGUUCCAAUCGGGACACUUCCUGUUGGUCCCUUUUUCAGGUAUACACAUGCAGUUGGAGGUGGUUAAAGACUUUGGAAUGUCAGCGCUCUUCGUAUCUUAAACAUAUUGAAGCAGACUGCACUACGCUUGGCAUCAAUAAUUAGAAAUCGUGAGGACUUAAACACGUUAUCUCAGUAAUAAACCAAUUCUCAUACCAUAUAAAAAACCAACCACUUCCACAAACUCGAGUUGUUAGAAAAUGUCCAUAAAUGAUACUUAAUCAUUUCCUUACAAAUUUUCUUCAUGAUCUGAAGGUUUUAUAUAUGUAUAUAUAUAAAACUGAUAUUUAUUUGCUUUUUAUUUUUAGACUUGAGGAUAUUAGAACCCGGAAUAUAAGGUAGAAGCGGGCACAAAAGUUGGCGUUCCUCUUCAGCAAGAAUGGGCGCGCCAAGAGCCCAUGUCCUUGUAGAGUUCUUCAUAUCUGUUCUCAGCUCAGGGAUAAAAUGUCGUCACCGCCUAUAUAUCCUCAUGGCUGAGCACAUAGACCGUCGUAAACCACGCCACAAUUACAAAACGGCGUCCUCUCCUAAUUAUGCCGCCAAAACAAUGCAACGGAAGUUGUAACAACAUCGCCGAGGAAUUCAUAUCCUAAGCCAAAAUCACGGCCGGAUACAGAUCCGAACAACGUUGCGACACAUAUAUAUAUUCUUCCUGCGCCGGUACCAUAAUAAAUAAAUAAAAAACCAAACGAAAAUUAAUUAAACCCAAUUUAAUCCCGAAAAACCAUCUUCCAAAACAUAACCAUGAAUCUCUCUCUGCAGAAGCUGCUCACAUUAGUUGUUGUCGUUGUUGCAGCCGCCGCCGGCACUCUGAUCGAAGAAACCUCGGCGGCGCCGAACUGCCUCGGCACUGGCGCUUCGGCGGAUUUCGAGGCGUACAAAGCGCACGUGCUCGACGAGCUGGCGAACGUGACGCCGACAAUGGAAGGAUACAGCUACUCCACCAAGUUUCCUCCGCCCGGUUCCACGGCCGCUCCUGAGGCCGUCUACGGCUCGGCCAGUUGCACUCCGGACGUCGGAGAUUCGGCAUGUGCUAGCUGUCUGAUCGGGGCUAAACUUUCGCUGGCGCAGAGCUGUGCUUUCGCCCUUUACGGGGCGGUGACGCUCCCUCAAUGCACCAUGAGCUUUAUCGCCGUCGUCGAGUAGUGGCCGGCCGGCCGGCCGGGUGUUAUUAAGUUUGCAUGUAGCUGAUUGUAUACGUGUCUACCGGGUGGUAAGGAGACUUGAUAUUUGAGUGUUACUCAAAGCCCAACGUAUUACGGGUCCAAAAAUAAGACUUGAAUAAUUUAACUUUUUUGUUUGGGUUUAAACUGUACUUGUAUCUUUUGAAUAUCCAAAAAGAAAAGGGUUAAUUGCAAUGGUCACUGAGAUUAAAAAAAACGUUCAUGUUUGGUCAUUGGAAAUAUUUAAAUCCAAUCUUGGUCACUAAGUUUACUAAAACAUGUCAUGUUUG